GCGGGUUCGCGCGCGCUGCUGAUGUGAGGACGCAGGUGACGCGGCGCUCAGCACCCAUCGGAAGACGCGCAGGAUCGAGACGCGUUGCUCUCUGACGGAUACUGACAUUAUUCCGGACUCAGAUUCCAGAGAAAAGCGCAGGGAUUUGGGAAGAAGGAGAGACGGAGACGCAGGGAGAGCAUUGCGAAGGUCUGGGGAAUGCCGGCCAGUAGAACGUUCCUCGUGUAGGAUAAGGCUAUUUGAAUGAACAUGGACAAAUGACCUGCAUGUUAAGACUCAGCCAUGAGCAUCACCUGUGGUCCACAGGACUCAAGAUAGCUGCAUCACGCCUCUCAGCAUCAUCCUGAAGGAAACCCAAGAAUCACAGUGCUUUGAAACCUCAAUUGGAAGCCUCUCAGAGAAAACUUAAAUUGGCGGCCAAGCUGGGGCUAAAAAGCAGGAAUUCCCAUCUAUCCCUCAUCACGCCCUGCCUGUGCCCGAUGCACCGACCAAUGGAGAGACUACGGAAAGAGUCUGGAUAAAGUGGAGACAGGCCAAGAAAGAAAGAGAAAACGAGUGAACGAUUGGCCCGUCUUGGCCUCAUCUGUGAUCAUAGUCAAAGAGAAUCUUUGAGCGCUAUCUCUGCUCUGCCGAGACCAGGUUUCUGAGCUCGUAUCAUCAGGGUGGGUGAAAUGCAGUCUGGGUGCUGGUCCUCUCUCUGGCCCCUGUGGCCCUUGCUGUUGGCUGGACUCUUUCUGUCGGCGGGGGCCCUGGAGUUCGGCGGGGCCCCGGGGCAGUGGGCUCGCUAUGCCCGCUGGGAGGCCGGCUCGAUCGGGGAGCUCAGCUUUAGUCUGAAGACCAACGUGAGCAAGGCGCUGGUUCUGUACCUGGACGACGGCGGGAACUGUGACUUCCUAGAGCUGCUCAUCGGCGGCGGACACCUGCAGCUGCGCUUCGCCAUCCACUGCGCCGAGCCAGCCGCCCUCCAGAUGGAGACCCGUGUCAGCGACGACCGCUGGCACAUGGUGCUGCUCACCCGUAACUACCGCGAGACCAUGCUGAUGGUGGACGGGGAAACCAAAGUGGCAGAGGUGCGUUCCAAGCGCAAGGAGAUGGCGGUCGUCAGCGACCUGUUCGUGGGGGGCAUCCCUCCGGACGUGCGUCUGUCCGCGCUCACGUCCAGCACGGUCAAAUACGAGCCUCCGUUCAUGGGCUUGAUCUCCAAUCUGAAGGUGGGCGAGAUGCCUCCCACUCUACUCAACAGCAACGGCAUUCAUAACGAUCUGGAGUAUCUGUGCGUCAAGCAAAACCCCUGCCUCAACGGGGGAUACUGCAGCGUCCAGUUCGGCGAGGUCUACUGCGACUGCUCUCACACACGCUUCCGAGGGAAAUACUGCAAAGAAGAAGAGUACGCUGUGGAAGGAGACUCGUCUCUCGUGGGGAAAGAGGAAUCGGUGGCCACCUUCAAGGGAACCGAGUUCUUCUGUUACGAUCUGUCCAUGACUCCCAUCCAGAGCAGCACGGAUGAGAUCACGCUGUCCUUCCGAACGCUCCAGCGCAACGGUCUGAUGCUUCACACCGGGAAAUCUGCAGACUACGUCAACCUGUCGCUGAAGAGCGGCGCCGUCUGGCUCGUCAUCAACCUGGGCUCCGGCGCCUUCGAGGCGCUCGUGGAACCGGUGAACGGGAAGUUUAACGACAACGCUUGGCACGAUGUUAAAGUCACACGAAACCUGCGACAGCACUCAGGCAUUGGACACGCUAUGGUCACCAUCUCAGUGGACGGCAUUCUGACCACCACCGGAUACACGCAGGAGGACUACACCAUGCUGGGCUCCGACGACUUCUUCUACAUCGGAGGAAGCCCGAACACGGCCGACCUGCCCGGAUCUCCCGUCAGCAACAACUUCAUGGGCUGCCUGAAAGACGUGGUGUACAAGAACAACGACUUCAAGCUGGAGCUGUCUCGUCUGGCCAUCGAGAGGGACCCUAAGAUCAGUGUGCACGGGGACCUGGUGUUCCGCUGCGAGGACGUUGCGGCCCUGGACCCCGUGACCUUCGAGACGGCCGAGUCCUACAUCUCCCUCCCGCGCUGGGACACCAAGAAGACCAGCUCCAUCUCCUUCGACUUCCGCACCACGGAGCCCAGCGGCCUGCUGCUGUUCAGCCACGGCAAGCCUCAGAGCAGCAGAGAGCAGCGGCCUGGCCGCGAGAUGAAGACCGACUACUUCGCCAUGGAGCUGCUCGACGGCUUUCUCUACCUGCUGAUGGACAUGGGCUCCGGCAGCAUCAAGCUCAAGACCAGCAACAAGAAGGUGAACGACGGAGAGUGGUGCCACGUGGACUUCCAGAGAGAGGGACGGAGAGGCUCCAUCUCCGUCAACAGCCGCUCCAUUCCCUUCAGCUCUAACGAGGGCAGUGAGAUCCUGGACCUGGACAGUGACAUGUAUCUGGGUGGUUUGCCGGAGAGCGGUCAGGGCCUGAUCCUGCCGCCCGAGGUCUGGACCGCGCUGCUCAACUACGGCUACGUGGGCUGCGUCCGCGACCUCUUCAUCGACGGCAAGAGUCGAGACGUGCGGCGUCUGGCGGAGAUCCAGAGCGUGCCGGGCGUCAGCAGCUUCUGCACGCGCGAGCUCCAGAAGAGGUGCAGCAGCGCCCCCUGCGCCAACGGAGGACAGUGCAAGGAGGGCUGGAACCGCUACAUCUGCGACUGCACCGGCACCGGAUUCCUGGGAGGCAACUGUGAGAUCGACGUGUGUGUGUUGAGCUACGACGGCAGCAUGUAUCUGAAGAUCAUCAUGCCCAGCACACUGCACACGGAGGCCGAGGAUGUGGCGCUGCGCUUCAUGUCUCAGCGGGCGUACGGGCUGCUCGUGGCCACCACCUCCAAAGAGUCGGCCGACACGCUGCGGCUGGAGCUGGACGGAGGACGGGUCAAACUCACGGUCAACCUCGGUAAAGGUCCAGAGAUCCUGACGGCCGGUCAGAAACUGAAUGAUAACGAGUGGCACUCAGUGAAAGUGGUCCGGCGCGGGAGGAACCUGCAGCUGUCUGUGGAUAACGUGACUGUGGAAGGUAGAAACUCAUUCUUCAUCAAGCUUCAUUUGCUCAUGAGCUCAGCUAGUGGAAAGAAAACAUCUGAAAUACACAUUGAAGUGUACGUUCACUAUGUGUUUGACCUGGGGAACGGCCCGUCUCUGAUGAAGGGAAACUCGGAGAAGCCGCUCAACGACAAUCAGUGGCACAACGUGGUGGUUUCACGCGACACCAAUAACGUACACACGCUCAAGAUCGACUCUCGCACCGUGACACAGCACUCUAACGGAGCCAGGAACCUGGACCUCAAAG